AUGAUUCGUAAUUUUUUUGAAUUAAUUACGACAUUUAGAGAUUUAAGCUAUAACAAGAUAAAGUCAAAUGUUGAUUCGUGGUCUUUAAGACACCUAAAUGAGCUUUACUCGCUUGAUAUAUCUGGAAACAAAUUCAAAUACUUUCGUCUAAUAUUUGAAGAUCUAUUGAGAAAGAAACUGCGAGUAAUCAAAUUGGCUAAUACUGAUGCAACGGUUGACGAAAUAGAGAAAUCCAUCGAAAUACAAGUUCCUAGAUGUUAUGGUGAGGGUACGCAUGUCGAAGGCGUUAGACCUAGCUGUAACUACGAUUUUAAUUUUAGCAGAUUGAAUUGGACCAAACUGCCUAAAGUAUUGAGAAUUUAUGGGCAACAUCUGCAAAAUCUAGAUUUAUCCAACAAUAAUUUAACAAAUAUAUGUGAGAUUCCAUGGGCUACUUUUGCUGAAAACUUAGAGAUGACGGACUUUAGUUGGAACAAUAUUAAGAUAUUAACAGCUACCUGUUUUAAAGGUUUAAAGAGGCUUACCAAUAUAUUAAUGCAGGGAAAUUCAUUAGUUGAGAUUAAAAAGGAAUCAUUCUUUUAUACACCUCUACUUAAACAUAUACGCUCAACACGUUUAUACUUGUGUUGUAUGGUACCAGCAUCUAUCCAGACUUGUUAUCCAUUGCGGAAAUACGAUGGCCUAUCGACAUGUGAUGGAUUAUUAUCUCAUGUAACACUGCAAAUGUAUAUUUGGUUAGUUGGUUGUAUCGCUUUUAUUGGUAACAUUGCCGUCUUUACUUUACAUAUUAAAAGUAUAAAAACAAAGAAGAAUCCUGUUCCAAUAUUUCUAAUCGCAAAUUUAGCUAUUUCUGACUUUAUUGUUGCUAACUAUUUGUUAAUUAUUGCUAUUGGUGAUCGAUUCUAUAGUCAUUAUAAUUUCGCUGUCGAAUCUGAGCACUGGCUACGUAGUAUACCAUGUUUACUUGCUUGUUUUAUAUGUUGUGCAGCAAGCCUGAUGUCGGUCUUUAUGAUGCUAAUUAUUAGUAUCGAUCGAUAUGUUUGCAUCGUUUAUCCUUUCUCUGAACGAAAAUUAACAGUUAAAUCGGCGUUCUUAUUAGUUGCAUGUUGUUGGCUAUUUUCAAUUAUCUUUGUUGGUAUUCCAGUUAUGUAUAGCGUUGGCGCUGAUGGAGAUAAUCGAUUACAUGGAUACAGUAGUAUAUGUAUGGCUAGUAAUGUUUCUAAUCCAUACUUUAAAUGGUGGAUUACAGCAUUUACACUUAUUACAAUUAUCUGUUGGAUUAUUACAUGUAUUCUAUACGGUAAAAUGCUAAGUUCUAUUCGUCAAUCAAGUCGUAAUGUACGCAAAAGUAAAAGUAUCAGUAAAGAUAAGCGUAUAGCCAUACGUCUAUUCUUAAUAUUAGUCACCGAUUUAAUCAGUUGGAUUCCUUAUUACAUUGUAUUUAUGCAUGUUUUAUCUACAUCGCAUUCGGUUGAUAUGAUAGCUUUGCAAUUUACCAUUAUAUUUGCUUUACCAAUCAAUUCUGCGGUGAAUCCAUGCUUGUAUACACUAUCGAGUCAAUCCCUUAUCAAUAAGAUUAACAGAAUUGGUGGCGUUUUUCAAGGGGCAUUGAAAUUGAUACGAAACAGUAUGCAAUCCUCUGAAGAUCUAAGCGAUUUAUCGGCCAACAAUAAUAGAAUGAAACCCCAUACGAAAACAACUCAUGUAUUCCGCAGAUAUAACACACGGGCUAGCAUUAAUAUCGGAAGGAAUAUGUCAUCGAAAAUAUAG